GUCAUAUGGAGGCGACACAACGACAGAGGCUCUAGCUUUAUAAACCAACACGGCAUCACGCAGUUGGGUCAUCGCAGACUGCAACGUCAAGGGGGAACGCGGCAAACCGGCGGUAAUCCAUGAGGACACAAGCUCUGGUGCUCGCCUACUUGCUGGCCGCCGCGCUGCUGCACUCGCUGCCGCGCCAAAGCGCCGCGGCCUCUCCCGUGUCGACCGCCGGCAAGCUCGUCGUGGGUGGGACAGAGUUACGCCUCCCCAUGAUAGAGAAAUUCAGUCGUUCCAUGACGGCGAAUCAGUCGACAGUGCAGCAACUUUUUCUUCAGACGUCGAGCGAUGAUGGAAUUGGGCACUGCCGCCACCCGAACUGGUUCUCCUUGCUCCUGGAAAUGACUUCACCAUUUGCCCGAGACCAUCCGUUCGUCGACCAAGAGAUAGGGCUCGAUCACUUGCUCGUGCUCACGGCGGCAUUCGUCGUAUACCUUUUCCGCUGAUUUCGAGGCUGUUCCAGAUAUUCCACAGACUGAUUUCAUUAUAUAGAUCUCAAUUUAUAUUGAGCGAACGUUUGUGUGUGUAUUCUUUGAGGUUUUGCGCAAGCUGCCUGUAGAAUUAAUCAUGAAUUGUGUUGGCAGUUUUCCCCUUUGUAGGGCAAGUAGUCUCGGGGCGCCCCGCGCUCGUAGUCUUGUGGUGUAUUCUACUAUUCUUACAAACGAAGUUGCUGAAAUAGUGCCGCUAAUGUCUAUGCCAUGAUCGAUUUAAUUUGUUGAGUUGCAGUCUUUGUUUC